GACGACACGAUGCCCUUAGCAACGGUCGCGUCUCCUCGGCAACAUCCUCCGGUGUCCCCUCUGAGCUGCUGCAAAGCGACCCCCAUCUGCUGUUUCCGAGGGAGGCAGGAGGGAAAACCGGGGUGAAAAAAAUAAGAAAAAAACAUGAAAAUCCUCAUUUAACGCCAAUCUGGGGAGGAUGUCUGAACAUGGCGCGUUGUCAGGGGGAGAAACGUGCGAGCUGAGCGCCUGAAGUUGGAGCGCAUAUCAAGGAGGAGCCCCAGCUCUGCUUGAAUGGAUCCCGCUGUGCUCAUCUUUCUGCUAUACGUGAUGAUCGCGCACGACCUGGUGUGCGGCUUGAUGCAACACCGCAGACAGAGCGCCAGACCCAGAAAACCCGCAGCUGGACCUUUGUGGCGCUCAAGAGUCCGGGCGGGUCAGGGGAUUCUGAGGACGAACAACCGAGGAGGGAGAGACCCGAGGAAGACCGGACGAAUUGUGAGGAAAGCGUAACAAAGACAAAAGCUAAUCUGACGGAAACUGAACGUCCAGCAGCUUCUGCACUCUAAUUGUGUUCAGUGAGCUGCGAGACUCUCAGCUCAGCAAACAGCUUCACUCGGCAUCAGCAGAAGGCCUCAGAGAAGAAAUAACUAAAUGGGUUCAUUGGCAGUCAAUAAAAUGCCUGUAACUCCUCCUACGCCUGCAAACAGCCUUUGAAAUGUCAUCCUGCAGGAAAUUUAAAUGCCGCAAACAGGUUUUAUCUGAUCAGGCUCAAAACUCUCCGGAUCGGCAAGUACAGCAGAUUUUACACCUGGAACUACUUGGCAUACGGAAACCAUGGCGUCGGUAUCCAGCAGCUCGCUGCUCAACAAGGCGGUCCGGCAGCAGUACAUGAGCCUGCCUCAGGGCGGGAAGUGCCAGGUCACCUACAUCUGGGUGGACGGCACCGGAGAGGGGCUGCGCAACAAGACCAGAACCCUGGACUCAGAACCAACCAGCAUCGAAGAAAUCCCAGAGUGGAACUUUGACGGGUCGAGCACCUACCAGGCCGAAGGCUCCAACAGCGACAUGUACCUCAUCCCAGUCCGCAUGUUCAGGGAUCCCUUCACCCUUGACCCCAACAAACUCGUCCUCUGUGAGGUCCUCAAAUACAACCGCCUUCCUGCCGAAACCAACCAUCGCCACAGCUGCAACCAAGUGAUGCAGCAGGUGAAGGAGCACCACUUGUGGUUCGGCAUGGAGCAGGAAUACACCCUGCUGGGGACAGACGGACAUCCGUUCAGCUGGCCUCCGCAGGGAUUCCCAGGACCACAAGGCCCGUAUUACUGCAGCGUCGGCGCGAACCACGCGUACGGACGGGACGUCGUGGAGUGCCACUACAAAGCCUGCCUCUACGCCGGCGUCCAAAUCUACGGCACCAACGCUGAAGUCAUGCCAUCUCAGUGGGAGUUCCAGGUGGGUCCCUGCGAAGGCAUCGAGAUGGGCGACCAUCUUUGGGUGGCGCGCUUCCUGCUGCAUCGUGUGUGUGAAGACUUUGGCAUCGUCGCCACUCUGGACCCCAAACCGAUGACAGGCAACUGGAACGGCGCUGGCUGCCACACCAACGUCAGCACCCAGCAGAUGAGAGAAGAAGGAGGACUGCAGAACAUUGAGCAGGCCAUUGAGAAGCUGAGCAAAAAUCACAAGAGGCACAUCGAGGUGUACGACCCGCAUGGCGGAAAGGACAACGUGCGGCGCCUCACGGGUCUGCACGAAACCGCCAACAUCGAGGACUUCUCCGCCGGCGUGGCCAACCGCGGCGCCAGCAUCCGCAUCCCGCGGCAGGUAGGCAAGGACAAGCGGGGCUACUUCGAGGACCGCCGUCCUGCAGCGAACUGCGACCCCUACGCAGUUACCAUGGCUAUUGCUCAAACCUGCUUCCUGGAUCCAACGGAAGAAAAGAGCAAGAAGGAGGAGUUAGCUUAGGCCGCGUUCACACUGCAGAGUGAAGUGAGACAAAUAUGAUGUUUUUUUGACUUGCGGAUGUUCAAAGUACGGUCCGGGGGCCAUUUAUGGCCCUUGGACUGAUUUCAUGCGGCUCCAAAUGUGUAUUUAAAAAAUUAUUUGGUUGAUAGAUGCAGACUGAGACUUUUAAUUUAUAAUAAGGGUAAAAUGAUUAUGGAUAUAAUUUAGUACAAUGGAGAAUGUAAAGUAAAACAGUGUUUCUGUUUUAUAACAAACCAUGUUUACCAACAAACUUUUACUGAAAAGCGACAAAAUUAACUUUGAUUUAAUUUAGGAAAGCACGAUACAUCGACAUCAGCAUCUGUAUCGGCCGAUAUCAGCCAUUUCUUUUUUACAUAUUGAUAUCGGUCCGAUUAAUAAACAACUCAUAUUUAUUUUGAACUGUUUCUGUUUGGGAGGUUUUUCCAAAGGUGUCAGAACAGAAGUAAAAUGCAUUUAAUAUCAGCUAUCAAUCAUAAAAGAAAUACUGAUAUCGGAUAUCAAUAUCAGCCCAAACGUUUGUUUCGGUGCAUUCCUAAUUUAAUUAAUUAAGCUUAACUAAAUAUAACAAAUGUUUUAAAAAAAUAAUCACCCAUAUCUGGUUCUUAUUACUGAAAAUAAAUUUGUUCAUUCAAGACAAAAACAAAUGGAAAAUUAGAUGCUUUUCUUUAAAUACAGCAAACAUGAAAAAUAUAUGAUGGCGCAUUAGAAAAAAAGUAAAAAGGAUAAAUACAUUUCCAAAACAAAACUUUGACAUAAGCAGCAGCUUAACAUUUUAUUUGAUAAAAUAAUGUUAAAAUCUGAAAAAACUAAAACCUGCAAAUAGAUUUAGAAAAUUCUGUCAGCCAAAAUGAUACAAACACUAAAUAUGUUUAACCUGUUUAACAAAAACAGUGAAAAAGUGGCGUGAAAUGAAAAUAAAACGGCAAUAAAUUUAAUCCAAAUGUGAUGAAAAAGCUUGAUGGCACAAAAAUUCACCAGUCUACAGAAUAAUGAUAAGAAGAAACAGAAAUCAAAAGCACUAGGAAAACGUGAAGCAUGCAAAUUAAAUAACAGGGAUGCAAAAGAUUCAUAAAGAGGAUCUGAAAACAAAGAUGCAACCAAAUGAGCCUGCAAAGUGGAUUUGAAUGGAAACAAUGAGAAACAGAUGAGAAAGAGUAGAAAUAUAAACAGAAUUAAUUUAUUUAUUGUUGUUUCAGUAUCUCUUCCUGUAAGCAGCCAUCUUUGUUUUAAAUGUAAACUAAUCAUAGAAGAAGAGCUCGACUUAGAUGAUUGUGUUUGUAUUGCUUUCACAAAAUAAGUUUGCCUGUUUGAAGUGGAUUAAAAGUUAAUUUGUUCAUUUGUUUCUCUGACUCUGUACAAAACAAAUAAGAAUCCAUUAAACAUCUGGUUAAAGUUG